AAGAGUGUGUCUCCGGGACAGGGAGCGAAUGAGAGGCAGGCUGGCCGGCCAGGGGGAGUAAGGACUGAGCGGACACCGAACUGUAGACAGGGAGGCUGUUUGCUGGUGCUCGGAUCUAUGGAAAGUUAAUCUUUAAACCCGCGAGCGAACGGAGGAGAGAGACGGUGUGGGUGAAAUAUUUCCAAGGUGGCGACAGACAAGGUUGCAGAGAAAUUGAGUUCUACUCUCUCAUGGGUGAAGAGCACAGUGUCUCACACGGUCAGUCAAAUGGCUAGCCAGGUGGCAAGCCCAUCCGCUUCACUGCACACUACAUCAUCUUCAACAACACUGUCAACACCAGCACUUUCACCAGGAUCACCAACCACGCUCAGUCCUGAUGACUUGGAGCUCCUAGCUAAGCUAGAAGAACAGAACAGGCUUUUGGAGACUGAUAGCAAGUCUUUGAAAUCUGUAAAUGGAUCUCGUCGAAAUAGUGGAUCUUCAUUGGUAUCUAGUUCUUCUGCUUCAAGUAAUCUAAGCCACCUGGAAGAAGAUUCCUGGAUCCUCUGGGGAAGAAUUGUGAACGAGUGGGAUGACGUACGGAAAAAGAAAGAGAAGCAGAUGAGGGAACUUGUUCGAAAGGGGAUUCCUCAUCAUUUUCGAGCUAUCGUGUGGCAGCUACUAUGCAAUGCUCAAAAUAUGCCUAUUAAAGACCAGUAUUCAGAGUUAUUGAAGAUGACCUCGCCAUGUGAAAAACUUAUACGAAGAGACAUAGCUAGAACGUAUCCAGAGCAUGAUUUUUUCAAAGAGAAAGACAGCCUGGGACAGGAGGUUCUAUUUAAUGUUAUGAAGGCCUAUUCGCUAGUAGAUCGUGAAGUUGGUUAUUGUCAAGGGAGUGCUUUUAUAGUUGGACUACUGCUUAUGCAGAUGCCAGAGGAGGAAGCAUUUUGUGUUUUUGUCAAGUUAAUGCAAGACUACCGUCUCAGAGAACUUUUCAAACCGAGUAUGGCCGAGCUAGGUCUGUGUAUGUAUCAAUUUGAGUGGAUGAUACAGGAACAACUGCCAGAACUCUCUGUGCACUUUCAAUCCCAGAGUUUCCACACCUCCAUGUACUCAUCUUCCUGGUUCCUUACUAUCUUUCUGACUACAUUUCCACUACCCGUUGCUACAAGAUUAUUUGACAUUUUCAUGUCAGAGGGUCUUGAGAUUGUUUUUCGUGUUGGAAUAGCAAUAUUACAGGCCAAUCAGGCAGAACUGAUGCAGCUUGAUAUGGAGGGAAUGUUGCAGCAUUUUCAAAAGGUCAUUCCACAUCAGUUUGACAGUGCACCUGACAAGUUAAUUCAAGCAGCUUAUCAAACUAAGUACAACGCAAAGAAGAUGAAAAAGUUGGAAAAGGAAUACACUACAAUAAAAAAUAAGGAGAUGGAAGAGCAAGUAGAAAUUAAGAGGUUACGCACAGAAAAUAGAUUGUUGAAACAACGUAUUGAAACUUUGGAGAAGGAAAGUGCUUCUUUGGCAGAUAGAUUGAUCCAGGGACAAGUGACAAGGGCACAAGAGGCAGAGGAAAACUACCUCAUUAAACGGGAGCUGGCCACCUUUAAACUGCAGAGUGAUGAGGCUAGUGCUAAGCUGGAGAAAGCUCAGGAUGCCAUCAGGGACCUCCAAGAGCAACGGCAUAAAUGCAACCCGCGUUACAGUGAAGAUUUUGUUCUACAAUUGGAGACAGAGCUAGUACAGGCAAGAUUAAGAGAAGCAGAAUCUCAAUGUGCCCUUAAAGAGAUGCAGGACAAAAUCUUGGAUAUUGAAAAGAGAAACAGUUCCUUGCCUGAUGAGAGUAACGUGGCCAGGUUGCAAGAGGAGCUUAUAGGGGUUAAACUAAGAGAAGCAGAAGCAUUGAUGGGCCUGAAAGAACUUCGGCAACAAGUUAAAGAUUUGGAGGAUCACUGGCAGCGUCAUUUGGCUCGAACUACAGGCAGGUGGAAAGACUCCCCACGGAAGAAUGCUGUGAGUGAGCUGCAAGAUGAACUGAUGACAGUGCGCCUUAGAGGAGCUGAAACACAGGCUGAACUGAAAGAAGUUAAACAAAGAAUGCUGGAACUUGAAACACAGAACCAAAUCAGCAGUAACCAGCUAUGUCGAGCAGAGAAGGAGUGCAGUAGCCUACGUGAGAAGGUGCAAUAUCUCACGGCUCAGAAUAAAGGACUACUCACUCAAUUAAAUGAAGCUAAAAGGAAAAUAGCUGAGAUGGACUGCAAGAAUAAAGAAGAUGUGAUGGUGAUGAGACUUCGAGAAGCAGAUAGCAUAGCAGCCGUUGUUGAACUACAACAGAAAAUUGCUGACCUGGAGAUACAGAAAGAAGAGGGUAAAGUUAAAGGCCAACUUAACAACUCAGACUCCACCCAAUAUAUUCGAGAACUAAAGGAUCAGAUAGAUGAACUGAAAAAUGAGAUCAUGUGCCUAAAAGGACAGAGGGUCUUCUCCGGCCCACACACUUUUGAUAGGAUCCAUAUUGUGAACCACAUAGCAGAUGAUGAUUCAUUCCACUCCUCUGAUGAAGAUCUAAUUACCGAUUCCAUGAGGGUUCGUGAUCUCCGGGGGGUUCCUCACCAUUUUCGCCACCUCAGCAGAAAUGCACAAAUGGAAACUAAUGAUAAGGACAGUGAGGACAGUACUGACAGUGAUAACGAGGAUGGAACUAUAGGCCCUGAUCUCUGUAACCAAAAUGUCUGCACAGUGAGUCCAAAACAGGUAGAAUCUUUCUCCACCACCGUGUGACCAUCACUGUGAACACAUGAGGCUUUCUGGUUCAUAUCAAAGACCAGGUGGGCUCCAAUCAUUCAGACUUGAAUGCAACUUUCAGUCUGGCCUGCUGAUUAAAAUAAAGGACUAAAGUGAGGAAUUAUAUAGGCAUCUGCCAUUGAAAUGGUGGAGAUGAUGUACUGAAUUUCAUAAUGGAUUUUUUUUUGGGGGUGGGUGGUCAUUUUACCUGUUCUUUUGUCUGCCUUAACCUUUGCCAAACCUUUUCAAUAUAAUUGUUGUUGCCACAUGCUAGUAUGAGAAUGAGCGUGUGAAACAGACAGGAGAUAAGAUGUUGACAGUAUUAUAUACAGUAUCUCCUUUCUUAAAACUUGAAAUGCACACUUUCUAAUUUAUUUAGAAUGGAAGAUUUUGUUUUUUUUUCCUUUUGCUUGGUAGUUCAGUCAGUGGAGUUGAAAACCCUUGGGACAUUGGUUGCUUAUAAAAAGAUGCAUCAUCUUGUGCAAUAUUGUAUUUUAUGCUAAUGAGAACAAAUUUUACUUGUUUAUGACAGAAAUGUACCAUGAUGGUCUUAACGGAGGAUUAAUUAAAUGCGUUAGUGCCUGUAAGGCACAUUUUGGUCAGUAAUAUGUCAGCAGAUGGUUUUAAUUGGGCAUCACAGUACAAAGAAUAUGUGCAAUUGGAACAUGUUUUUUAAAAAGAAAACAGCUCAUGGCUUGCUUAGGAUCCCAGCACAAAAACUUGUAUCUUAAAGAAAGAUACUUUUAUAAGUAUAAAAUAAAAUCAAAUACUAAGAUUUCUGUUUGUAGAUCUUUACAAGAUUUUCCCCUUUUAAUUUGUGUUUUCAUUUGAGGUGUUUGAUAACAAAUAGUAAUGUACCUGUGGUAUGUGUUACAGCAAUAUCUACUUUCGUGUUACUUUGUUCUGAUGGAGAAAUGUAGUUAAGCUUUAAUAUAAAUACCUUUUAAAUGUUAACUAGGAAUGCAUUGCAUUUCUUUCAUUGCAACAACUGGCCACUUGAAAAAAAAUUGGAAAGUUCAACAUGGUCAUGUGCUGGUUACCCUAACAAAUACCAUUCAAGGAAUUGUAAUAACACUAUACAGAAACUCUGUUACACAGAGUUGAAGGCAUCUCCUUAGAAAAUAUCCUUGGUAAAUGUGCGUUAGCUCUGCUUGGCAGUUGUUAACACGAGCUUUUUCACUUCACUAAUAAGAAUGCUUGUAUAAACACUCAGUGUUUCUCUUUUAUCUUUAAAUUAUAACAAGAUCACAAAUAAACUUUUCAUGAUUUUAAAGGGA